GGAAAGUUUAUAUUGCAAAAUACAUGUUGUUCAUCUACUCGGUCUAUUACGGUCGGACAUUCGUUCGAAUGUGCUACGUUUCUAUUUUCUCGUGUAUUUAAAUAUUCAACUCGAAAAAAGUUACACAUUAGACAGUGAAUUCUAAAAAAUUGUUGGGAAAAUUUCAUCGCGAACACUUAAUUACAUUUUUAUUGCCUGAAGUGAUCCAAGGUUUGCUGAAGAAUUCUAGAACGCGUUGUGCGUCAUAACGUUUAACCUUACUUCAUUUUGCGACUGUGGUGUUUAUUUAUUCAAUAUUCACCGUAAUUAUAAUAAAACAAUGCCUAAAAACGGCGGGAGAAGAAAUUUUAAAAACAGUGAGCAUUUUGAACAUGAUGAUCGUAUGCACAGUUCUGGAACAAGGCGUGUUAGUUUUAAACCAGGCACGAAUAAAGGAAAAAAUAAAUGGAACAAUGCCAAACUAUUGUUGGAUGAUGAUAUCGACAUGACUGGGUCGGCUGGAGGUACCCAUCCUCAUCGUAAAGGUUCAUUCAGAGGGCGCGGAGGCCGAUUGAACUCUCCGGCGCCUAGAUCAGGCCAUGGAGUCAAUAAGAAGAGGUUUGUCCCUGGUCCUCUUCCCUGGUACCAAAUUAUCAUACCUUACGGAGCCAAACAUGAAAAAGAAGUGAUUCUAAAAACGCUGCUUAGCUUCAUUUCGCCAGAUAUCUUUGUGCCCCACUAUUACAAGAUCAAUGGCAAUGCUGCUGUGUUCUAUGUGGAUGAUGUGAAACUCGCUGAAAAGCUUUUCCAAGCUGACAGGAAGAUUGUUAUGUCUGAUGGCUUUAAGUUGAUGGUGAUUGUAAGAAAUGCUGUUCCAAGUGUCACUGUUGAUGCUGAACUGAAGGAGAAAAUGAAAUUGGCAAUGGCCAAGAGAUACAAUGCUGUUACUAAGGCAUUAGACUUAACAAAGUUUCAUGCAGACCCAGAUUUGGCAGAUAUAUUCUGUGCCUUAUUCCGUCCGGUAGUAAUGCUGGAAGCUAUCAAUAUCAUUGCUGAGAACAUUCCAGAUCUUGAAGCUUUGAACCUCAAUGAUAACAAACUCCAUGGCAUUGAGCACCUUAAGGUCCUACCUAACAAAUUGAAGAAUUUGAAGAUUCUGUAUAUGGGUGACAACAGGAUUCCAUUCCUCGGGUCUCUGGAACCAUUGAAGGCCUUGCCACUGGUCGAGUUGUACCUGAAAGGCAAUCCUCUGCUGAACAGGUUUAGCGACCAUGAGAUCUACGUCAGCGAUGUGCGGAAGAAGUUUCCCAAGCUGACCAAACUGGAUGGAGUGGACCUGCCUCCUGCUAUCGGAUUCGACGUUCUAGAAGAUGUAUCCUUACCUCCGCGUCAACAGUCUUUCUUAGUGGACCCAGCUGGCCAAGACUUCGUUCGCGAGUUCCUCACUCAAUAUUUCGCUAUAUAUGACGCGGAUUCUCGCCAACCUCUUCUGGAAGCGUACCAUGAACAUGCCACUAUGUCUAUGGCUGCUAGCUAUCUUACCAAUGACAAUAGAAAUGCUGCUACGCAAAGAUUAAACGCGUAUAUAACAAACAGCCGUAAUAUAACGCGUAUCACUGAGCGGGAGGCUCGGCGGCGAUACCUGCGCACUGGCAGGUUGCAAGUCGUCUCCUUCCUAUCAGACCUGCCGAAGACCACACAUGAUUUGAUGGGAUUCGCUGUCGACCUGCUUGUUUAUACUCCUGCCAUGAUUGUUCUGACGAUGAACGGAGUCUUCAAAGAAACCACGACGAAUGGAAACCCAAUGCGGUCCUUCCAUCGGACGUUUGUCAUCGUACCAACUCCUGGCGGUGGAUUCUGCAUCAUCAAUGACAUGCUCUUCAUCACCAACACUACUAAGGAACAGGAGGAGAAAGCAUUUGUAAGUGGAGUCCCCGUGGAGCCGACUCCACCCACCCCUGCCCCGACUCCGACGCCCGCCAUGGUACAGCCCUCACCAGACGAACAGCAAAAGAUGAUGCUCACCAUGCUCAGCCAACAGACUGGCAUGAAUGACCAUUGGAGUGUCAACUGCCUAGAACAAACAGGAUGGGACUUCCAAAGAGCUUUAUUUGUCUUCAAUCAACUAAAUACAGAAGGCAAGAUACCUCCUGAAGCAUUCAUCAAGUGAACUAUGAAGAAACUGGCUGUGUCAAUAAUUGUACAUAUUAGUUGCAUAGAAGAAGAAAACAUAUUUUUUUAAUUAAUAAUAUGACUUCUUGUCGCCUAGAUUAUCUACAUAAGUGAUGGAUUCUUUGUGCUCAUGGUGUGUGAACCAGAGGCUUCAACGCUGCGAAGUGCACAAGGAUUAUUUGAAAGAAAAGUGAAGAAUGAUUGUUGAAUGAGAAAGAUACAGUGAAGUGUUUAAAAAAAAAUGUGCCCAAUGUAAGUGAAAAUUAAAGCAAUGGAGUUUAAGAAUAAGUAAGCUAAUGAAGCUUCGUAUAAAUAACAUAUAUUACAUAAAAAUAAUAUGUAAACAAGUCUUGAAGAAUUUGAACUGAGAGAUACAUGCGGUAUGCUCCAGUACUGAAGAAGAUUCUGUCGGAAAUCUUGGGAUUAUCAUGAUGUUCACGAAAUGUGUCGUCCAAUUAAAGAUCAGCAUUUAUACAAUGGAUAAUUCUGACUUGGAGAAGUACACUCUACUUCAUCAUAAGAAAACACUUUUUGGUGACUCGAGAAAUUUUCCUCAAUGUCAAGAAGAUUCCUUCUAGAAGAUUCGCACUACGGUAGAUUAAAACUUAGUUUUUUGAUUCCUUCAUUCAUUUUCCAUGUUCUGUUUAUUUUAAAAAAGUUCCUAAAUCAUAUUAUGUUUGCAGAUUCAAAAUGAUGAUUGUAUUUGAGUUGUAUAAAUGUAAUAAUGAUAAAAUAAUAUGUUUAAAAAGCUUUAGAUUUAAGAUGGCCCCGCUAUGGGAGCAUAAAGGAGCAAAAAAUUUCAUUCAGCAGUAGUUCGUGCGAAAAUGUUAUAGUAGCGUUUCCGAAUAGUUUUGGCUCAUACAUAGCAUGGCCAUCUAAAAUCUUCAAAAUCAACCAAAUAAUUGGGUUUAUCGAUA